GUAACCGUAACUAUUUUAUUGCGGUUUGUUUAUUUGCGUUCCGCAUCUGAUUGUUUUUGAUCUUUAUAAAGUUUUGUAAAGAAUUUAUUUCAUUACUAUCUAUCAAUCAGAAUGGUUAUGGGAGAUGACUGUGAACUAUUGUUUUUUGACACAUUCUCUCAUGAUUCAUGUGAAGAGCUCAAUCUUGAUUUAGUCCAGUUCCCUCUGCCUGUUUAUAUAUUUGAAAUUAGAGUUGUUCCUCUUGGUGCAAGAGUUCAAGCUGAUUUUCCUGGUGGACAUCGUCUUGGAGCUACUAAUCCUUCAUCUUUUCAACUGGAGUUCUUUGUUAAUGACCUUAGUAAAAGAAGUGCUUCUACUUUUGAAAGGUUAGGAAGUCUAGAUUACAAGCAGAAUGUAGAUAUUCAAUUUCCCGUUCCUAACAAGAUCCCUACAGAUGGAUUAGUUUUACGAGGAUGGUAUAGUGCUGUCACUUUAGCUGUAUAUGGUGUACUAGCAAAAACAACUAGCAAAGAACGAUCAUCUCCGCCUCCCCCUCCUCCCCCACAAGCAACUUCUAGAGGAUCUUCACAAGAUUUAUGUUCAAAUAAGGAUUUUGAUUCACCAGCCGCUGAUGGAACAAUUAGUGAUUGGGAGCGUAACUCCAGAAUUCCAGAAGUGCCACCAGAACCACCUCCUCUGCCAGUUCGAUCUCAUUCUUCUGUUGUUGACACUCCUAGAUUUGUAGAUGUUCCCCCCUUAGGUCAUCAGCCUGAACAACAUGUAGCCUACCAAUCAGAGAUUCCAAGUGUCAUUACAAACUUCUCAGAACCACCACCCCCAAUUGUAUAUCAAGAAUGUGUCCCUGCUCAAGUACCACAGGUUGUAGCAGCUCCUGCAACCUAUGGACAGUAUGAGUCACAUUAUUCUAAACCUUGGCCACCCCAAGAGGAGCAAUAUCAAGCCUCAACUGAUCAGUAUGAUCAUCAAUUAUACAAUAGACCCACAGACAGUAAUAUAUAUCAGCCACCACCUGAUAACAGCAGACAAUUGUGGGAUCCUAAAGACCAUCAUGGUCCUGGUGAUGCUCCUAGCCACGAGCAUGACUCCUAUCCUAGACCCGCCCUUCUUGAAAUUCCCUCCUUACACAGAGAUAAGGAUAAGGAUCGCAACCGAGAUCGGCCUUGGGACAGAGAUAUUCACGAUUAUAAAGACGAUGAUAUAAGGUCGAGAGAUCAUGAUUCAAAGAGAAAAGACAGGGGAAGGAGAUCUCGAGAAACUAGCUGGGAGAGAAAUUCUGCCGAUUUGGAUAGGUACAGAGAUGGCAGGGACAGAGAUCGAGAUCGAAACAGAGAUCCCAGUAGUCGCGACAGAGAUAGAGACAGGGAUAGAAAUAGAGAUCGUCCAUACGUAGAUCGAGGUAAUCGCAAAGAUGUGAGAGACGUUAAGAGGCCUACAACGCCGCCGUCCCCACGAAAGACGAGACCUCGUAGUCCUCAAACGCCACCUGACACUGAAAAACUGAUAUCUGGUCCUAGAACUCCUAAAGAGGAUGAACCAAUGGAUACGUAUGAGGACAGAGGUGCGGAAGAAAUCCUUCAUACCAAUUAUUUUGAACCUGUUCAGCGGGAGCGUGUUCCUGGGGAGCAUUUAUAUAAUUUAUCCGAAGGUGAAAUUCAAGAAGGCGAUAACACGGAGGAAGAUGAUGGUUAUGAAGAAAUUGUGAGUGAAGAGGAAGAUAUGUCUGAUGUUGAAGAUAGAGUUGUAUUAGAUAUGGCUGAUAUAGAUUAUGAUUUAGGUGAUGAGACAGAGUUUAUGUCAAGCUUUUCACCUUAUAAUUGUGAGCUCACAGCUUCUCAACAUUUUUCAGAUCCUACAUUAUUUCUGUUUGAAGCUUCUGAGAAGGAACAGAUUAAGAAGUCAGUUGAAACAGAUCAAGUUGAAGACACUGAAAGCAUUCUUGCACCAUUCAUUUACCCUGAUGAUCAACCUCAUGAUGAAAGGUGGGUUGAUGUUUUAGAAGCAAUUAAUGAAGAAUCUCUGUUUGGCUUAUUAAGUUUAAAGAACUCAGAAAAAAUAAAAGAUAUCAUCAAGGUGAUUGUUGAUUGGAUUGUUGAAGGACUUGAUUUUGAUUUAGCAUUGAAGCAACCCCAAACGGCGUACAAAGUUCGUCACCUGAAGGCAGGCAUUCGAUUAGCAACUUUAAUGUUCCAAACAAAUAAAGAAGUCAUCAAUAUGCUUAUGGAGAGAGAUAUUCCCAAAAAAUUGCUACAGUUAUUUGAUCAACCAUAUAUGGUUCUGCCAGUCAAGCUGCUGAUUUUACGAGGCAUAGAUGCAGUAAUAUCCACAAAAGCUGGACUUCAAUAUGUGGUUCACAAAACUUUGCAGAUACCUCCAGCUAAAAGUUUUGCUGUGAAGCAAACAACUGAGAUACCAAAAAACGAUAUCACCUUGAAUAUUUCAACCAAAACAUGCUAUCAAAGGCUUUUGGAUUUAUUAUUAUCUAAACCGUUAACAAGAGCUGUGGUAUCGAUAUCUGCUUUAUUGAAUAAAAUCCAUCUUUAUGAAUUACUUAUUGAACUAUCAGAUUCUGUAGAAAAAGUCAUCCAGAGCACUCAAUUACCUGAAUCGAAAAUUACUGUUUCCGAGGACUCAGUAGAUGCGGGUGAGCCUAGGGCAGCUUCUGUUGAACCAGAUUUAGAAGUUCUGGAAGCAGUCUCCAAUUCUGGUGAAAACUUAAUUCAGGUGAUCGUGUCCUGCUUGCAAGAAAUGACUUCCUCAUAUCAUAAUGCCUGGAUGAAUGUGGCUCAAAUGAAACGAUCCUUGCCAGCCAGAUCUCAGUUUGAAUUUCAGAAAUCUCCUGAUAAUCCUCAGCCUGCAUUGCUUCGAAUGUUUAAAGAAAACAAACUUCUAGAAAACAUUUUUGUUUUGCUGUCUUCUCCAGCUUUGUCUGGACAUCCAUACGUUUUAUCAGCUAUAAAAGAUCUUUUUCAAGAAUUUCUUUCAACACAAGAAGGAAUGUUAUUUCUUUUAUCGAAUUCUGAACUUAUGAACAAUAUUGGAAGAGCACUUUUGCAUUCUGUUGAUGAAACUAGAGAAGAAGGUGCUGAAGAAAGUGUUGCACAAAACUUAGGAAUGCAAAUCGCAUAUCAUUUACAAACCUUAUUAUAUGUAGAUUCCUUACUGGCUUAUCAUGAACGAGGUGGUGUUAAAAAAGCACCUGAUGAUCCAGAAAUUGUUUCUGUACUCCACCACAUGUAUACUAUGAUUUUCUCUCCUAUCGGCCGUCCUGCUGUAGUCAAUGUUUUGACUACUUCUGAAAACUUACGAGCACUUCUGCCUUUUGUGCAAUUAACUGGAGAAGAAAGCUGGGAUUUAAAACUAAGUAAAUCAUCAUGUGCUGGUUAUGUGACUGAACUUUUGAUGUUGGUAACUCACUACUCAGAAGAUGUGCAGAUUCUAGAAAAGUUUUCGGAUGCUCUUUUUAACUUAAGUCAGCAAGAAAUCACUCCUAAACUUCAUGAUUUGGGCUUAUGGAUGGCUCCUACUCGGGCAAUUUCGAAUUACACAUAUGAGUGUGUUAAUGCAUUGAUGCCUAUUCUAAAAGCACAUAAGGAUGAUGCUGCUUCUCUACCACCAGAGUUAAUAACUGCCCUCCGGAUUUUGCAAUAUGUUUCUUUGCCACAAGGUCAAUUUGGUGAUGAGCGUGUGGAAUUAAAAUACAUGUAUGCUGUAAUACAAAUCGCUGCAAAUGAUGGAAUGGAUAGUUUAAAAUGUAUUCUUCAGAAUAUUUGUGAUACAUUUCUAAAACCAUCACACCAGUCUCCAGCUUUAGUUGGUUUGCAAGGCGUUUUAACUGUUGCCAUUAUAAAACCUUCUGUUUUCAUAAUGAAGUCAAAUUUAGCUCACCUAAUAUCAAGUCGGGGCACAGAAUUCAAGGAUUUAACAGCUGUUCCAAUUCUUCUAAAAGUUUUUUCUCUAAUGCUUCUUGUGCCACCUACAUCUUUUUCUUACCAACUUUCCCAGAUGGUUCAAGCUGAAAUUAUUGAAGCACUUUUAACUUAUACACAACCAUUUUUAGGAUCUGCAGAGUCAGAAGAAGCUCUGAGCAAAAGUUUAUGGACUGAAAUGGUCCAGGAAGUGUUGAAGUUUAUAAGUCUAUCUCCUAGUAACUUUGUUACUGGUUUAACAGUAUUGUCUGAACUGUUACCAUUACCUCUGCCAUUGCAGACAAGAGAGCCUCUUUCUGAUGACGAGAUUGUUAAAAUGGUUAAUUAUCGUAAGUUGUGGAGUGCUCAUUUACAUUCCCUGAGCAGCACUAUUCAAGAGGUGAUAGUUAGUUUAGCAGCUACAAGCUGCCAUCCACUACAACAACUUUUGCGACGCGUAUGUGUUCAACUAGCUGAUUUAGCUGCUCCAACAGCUUCAUUUAUUGUUAGAGCUGUUUUAGAUGCCUUGCUAGAAACACUACUAUUGCCUCCACCAGAUCAAAAGGAGAACUUGGAUCCAGUUCCUGCUACUAUUCAGGAAGUAAAACCUAUGCUAAAGACUCCCACUUCUACAACUGCCAGAAUUUUAAAUCUCGUAGCUUAUCUUGUUUCUCAUGCUUCAUUUAAAGUACCUCUUCUGCAUGUUAUGAAAGGAAGCAUAAAAACUGACGAAAAGUAUCUUGACGUUUUACCUCUCAUCUUGGAACUUUUCAAUACACCAUCUGAAAAGUCUUUUGUUAUUCAAUCUCAAGAAUGUAUUGUUUCUAUCUUGCAAUCUUUUUGUGAUCCAGAUAUUGGCUUCAUAACUUUUGAAAGCGGAAAUACUAUUAAUGAAGUGCUUUCCAGCAAUCUACCUAGUAAAGAGCAAAUGCCUUUAAUUUGUGGUGCAUUAAUACAACAUAUUGGUUGUCAUACAAAUAGCUACUCUUCACUUCUACCUACUCUACGAACUUUAGUGAUGCUAACAGAAUACGACUAUGGAUAUUAUUACAUUAAACAGGGAUUGGAACAACACCCUGGUGCAGUUUACUCUUUAUUUACCCGGUUUAGUCAGUCUUUUAGUAAAGAUUCCAGUGACUGUUUGUCUACUUUGUCAACUGCUUUAGAAUUUUUAAGACUGAUGGAAAGCAGUUUUGAAGAUGGUGCUCCAAGUGGAAGAACCAUGUUUUUAUCUAGUGGAGAAUUAGCAGAUCUUCUAAGAGGUGACUGCACGCCAACAGAAGACAAAGAGAAAGAAGUUAAAUUACCUGCGCCUUUCCAGCCUGUGACAGAGCUUGCUAAGCAGUUAGAAGAAUUUGGAAAUGAUGAAGAUGCUGUUGAAAGUUUAAUUGAAAGCAAUUCAUCUCUUCUCACGCUACUAAACAGCACUUUAACUAAAGAAAAGAAAUCAGAGAAAGAGGUUGUAGAACCUGUACUUCCGGCACCUGAAAGUCAGUCGGCACAGUUUUCCUCUCGGGCUAUUUUCAUGGUUGGUGAAGUGGAAGAAGGCAGACUAAGUCCUGCUUAUUGGUUGUCUCUACCUGGAGCAGAUGAUGCCGAUCAAGAACAAGAGCAAGUAACUGUUGAUUUGGUAUCUAUUGCUGAGAAGAAUAUCUCUCCUGAAUUUAAUUUAAAAUUGUCUUUAGAGAAUUUAUGCUUAAGUACAGAAGGUGAUAACGAUUUAAAGACAAAAAAGAAAGGCAUAAGCACUAUUUGUGGAAAGAGAAAAUAUGCUCCCUUUAUCAAUCCAGCUCUUGUGGAUGUGAACAAUAAAAGACCAUUUAUUGCACCAAUGAGAGGCCGUGGCUUUAACAGAGGCAAUUCCCACACAUCGAGGGCCAACGAUCCAUUCAGAUCUCGACCACCUAAUACUAGUCGUCCUCCAUCAAUGCAUGUAGAUGAUUUUGUAGCUCUUGAAAGCCAUCAUUCUGGAGGUACAUCUCAAGCUCAAGUUAAACGACCACAAAAGGAAAAUACAAGAGGCAGAGGGCGUGGAUUUGAAAGAAAUCAAGCGUUUUCUUCUACAAGAGGGGCUGGUGGUAGAUUUUUUAGCCCACCAGGGCCCUAUGGCAGGAGGGAUAAUAAUAGAGGAGGAAAUCGUGGCAGUGGAAGAAUAUCUAAUAAUGCCUGGAAUAAUCGUUCUAAUCAAAACUCUGGUCAAAAGCUGUCGCCAGGAAAUAAUCAAAGAAAUAAUUUUAGAAGUGAUUAUAAUUCUCCAUUUGGACAGCAAGAUUCCAGACCUGGUCAAAGAAAUAGAGAUUCUUAUCCUGAUAUGGGUCGAACUUCAAAUAUUAUUCCAUUAGGAAGAUUUUCAAGAGGUUCUAGAGUUGGAGGUGGAAUGGGACAACAAUCUCAAGGCCAUUGGCAAGACAAUCGAAACAAAUCCCAAAAUCAAAGAUUUAUAACACCAAAUUCUGCAAACAGAGGAGGUGGACGUAGAGAUAUGAAUAAUAGACAUAAUCGUUCCUUCACUCGAUAGUGCUGUUGAACCUUUAAUGAACUUUAAAGAUUUCAUGAUAAAACAUCUACAAGUCACAAGAUGAACAAAUAUGAUUCUGUUAUAAAAAAGUGGUCAUCUGUAAAUUAUUUUGUUGAUAUUCAAAUAAAAAAUAAAACAAGUCAUAACUUU